GUGUUAAGAAGGAAAUAUGAUAAGCCGAAAAUAAUUCAAUCUAGUUCUAAUACAAACAAGCAAGCACCUCGUCAAGCUCCUCAGCCUCUCCUCACUGAAAUUGGGGAGAUAGAGUCGUUAUGUGAUGUUGAAACAAGGCAGCUCAAUGACAAGAAAGGCCAAGAUAUCUCUGAGCUGCAGCAGUCGAAAGACGAAGGAGACGAUUCUGAUUCGAUUGGCAGUUCAUCAGCCUCUACAACAGUGAAAAUGCAGUCAACCUUACUCCAGUCUGGUACAUGUCAAUCAGAUAACGAUAGAACGCCUGUCACUUUGGAGAAAGUUAUGGAAGCAAUUCAGAAUCUGAAUAUUAAGGUUGACGACAUAGCAAAGAAGCAUUCCUCACUUGCACAUUUGGCCUGUGAAGACAGUGAGACGUCUAAAGCUAUACGUCGCCUAAAAUCAGCGGAAAAUAUUAUUCAGAUUGCUGAAGCAACCAAUCUUCUGGAAUGGUUUUAUGACGAGGAUGAAGAGACGGGGAUACUAUGCUGUUUACCUUGUUUCCAACUGUACAUGGCCUCCAGGCCAAAUCUCGCAAAUCUAACGCCUCUAAGAGCUCAACGCCUUUUAUCCUCCAGCAGUAGUGGAACAUUUGCGACAGGUAUCUUGUUGAAGAAGGAAACAACGCGUCUUCUUAUACAAGGCCAUAAUUCGAGAUGGUAUACACAGAAGAAUUCAUGUUUAGAGCACUUGUGUCUAAUCGGAACUGGGUCUAAUAUUCAUAAGAAAGCGAUGGAUGAAUAUAAGCGGAAUUUGCAAAUCGAGCAACGGAGAUCAACCACAGCAAUGAAUAUCUUUCGUUCUGUGAUAGCUGAUUUGAAACUUGGUGCAGCUGCUCAGCAUGUAGAAACAUUAAUUUCCUUGCUCACAUCAUGUUCUGUAAAUGUUGGCCAUAUCGGGCAUUGUAGAAAGAACGUCAAAGACAUUCUUUACUGCCUUGAGAAGACUGUUAAUGGCAGAAUACUCAAGUGGUUAAGUAUGCCUCUCCCAUCAACGAUGAUUCCACCACAUUAUUGGGCAACCAUCGACAAGAGCACACCAAGUAGAACAACAAACCAAGCUACCCUCAUCGUAGCACGCAAUGAAAACGGCAUUCCGAAUCCAAUUCCUGUGGCAGCUCCUCCAGUGUACUCAGAGUUUGAUGUUGCUUCUUACGAGAAGAUGGCAGAGAUGCUGCUGAAAGUUAUUCAAGAUAAUUUUUCAACUGAUUUGCUGGCUAGAUUGUGUGCUGUUUCCGCAGAUGGGCCAUAUCAAGCAAAUGGCUUCCGUGGCAAACUUUUGGAGAAACUGGGGAUUGAAGAUAACGAACUUGCUUUACCCGUAAUAUGGGAUGCUGCACACGUACUAAAUUUGGCUGUACUAGAUGUCAAAGACUCGAACACUGACAGCGGUCAACACUUCCGAAGAUUCAUAAAACGUUGCAAUGUAUUUAAUACUAUCCUAGCAAAUGGUAAAGGGUUUGCUUUUCUUCAACUGACUGAUUCUUCUGCAAGACGACCAGUUUCAUAUGCUUGUCAAAGGUUCACGAGUUCAUCUUACGAACAGUGGGAAAAAAUUGAGAAGAGCUUCGCUUCCUACUGGCAGGCGUUUGAUCUUCUUUACCCCCCUAGAUGCGAAGACGAGGAAUAUCAGUAUAUGAUUGCAGGGUCGGAUUUUAUCAUGGAUCUUCUCGCAUUCCUAGACACGAUGAAGCCGGUUGUUGAUUUGAUGCUCCGGGUGCAGUCUUUAGACACGCCUGUAUGGAAGCUCAAGCUUUGGUGGCCAAGCAUUAAAGGUUUGAUGGCAAAGGCCUCCAAUGAAUAUCCCGUUUCACUUCCAAAGUUAAAUAAAGUGAUGGGAUCACUCAAAGCAGGCUGUACAUAUAACGCAGUGACCCUUCUACCGGGCUGGUUAAUUACAAAUGUCGAAGGGCGUGGCGGGAAUAAAACUUACACAUGGUCGUUACGAGAUGACGAGGAUAUAGAGAAUGAUCAUGUCCAAUUCGCCAAGGAUUUGAUGACAGCCGUGGAGAACAGGCAAGUUAAAACUUAA